UGUGACAGCCGACGAUAGCUCUGUUUUGUGGCCAUCACUAUUCCUAUCGCCAGGGGCUCGUGAGAAUUCUAGGCAGUUGAAAAUUUUUCGUCGUACUCUCGUAACAACAAAGCAGCGACAAGUCGUCAGACAGCAGCAACAUGUCCGCCUAUAAGCUGGAGACCGCCCCCUUCGAUCCGCGUUUCCCCAACCAGAACGUGACCCGGUACUGCUACCAGUCGUACAUCGACUUCCAUCGCUGCCAGAAGAAGCGCGGCGAGGACUUUGCGCCCUGCAACUAUUUCCAGAAGGUCUACAAGACGAUGUGUCCCAACGCCUGGGUGGAGAAGUGGGACGAUCAGCGCGAGAGCGGCACAUUCCCGGGCCGCAUCUAAGUGCCCCGGCGGCCACCGCAUCAUCCCAGAAUCCAAAUCCCCAAUAAUAGUACACACAGGACACGAUCGAUGGGCGGAGGAGGAGGAGGAGUAGGAGCAGCAGCAGCAGCAGUAGCGUCAGCGUGGUGACCAGAACCAUCCGGCAAUUGCAACACUUUCGACACAGACCACCAACUAAUAUUUGUGCUUUCCCGAGCGAUGAAUAGAACAACUUCACAUUUUGUCGUCGACAAACGCAAAUACACGAAUGUUCAAUUAUCUGAAUUCUGAA